AUUACUGAUAAUGGAUUACAAUUAUACACGUAGGAUCCACGACAUUGAUUAGGAUAAGACUUGUAGUACUCUCGCAAAUCCAGAAAAUUGAUCAAAUCAAAACCACCAUUCAGCCCUGCUUAGCCUAAAGAUUGCUACUUUUUCUUUGUUCUUGGGAGAUUGUUUUCGAAGCCGGAAUAAAGCAUAAAAUUUGGUGUUCUUCCAUUCUCUGCUCACGUUUUCAAGGAGACAUCCAACCACCCCAUUUGAGAUACUGUAAUGGCAGAAGGUUUAGAAUCAAUGGGAGUUGUAUCAGUGAGGAGUAGAUCGUGGAAAGCUCAUAUGGGCAUGACACUGUCACAGGCAUUCUAUGGUGGCUACCAUGUAAUCACAAAAGUGGCCCUUAAUGUUGGGGUCAACCAACUAGUUUUCUGCUUCUACAGGGAUCUCCUUGCCUUCACUAUUCUUGCUCCUCUCGCUUUUUUUCUUGAAAGAAGAACUAGACCACCCCUUACCAAGAAGCUACUGAUGUCCUUCUUCAUUCUUGGAUUGACUGGGGUAUUUGGCAACCAGCUUUUGUUUCUUAUUGGUUUAAGUUAUACUAAUCCAACUUAUGCUGCUGCUGUACAGCCAACCAUUCCAGUCUUCACAUUUUUGUUUACUUUGAUGAUGGGAAUAGAAAAACUGAACUUGCUCACAUAUGAAGGUUGGGCAAAGGCUGGAGGAACUCUUUUAUGUGUUUCAGGAGCCAUAUUUAUGGUUUUUUAUCGUGGUCCAGCUGUGAUAGGGGAUAACGAAACGAACCAAGUUACGCAAAUUAAACCAAGUGGCAGAGGCCAGCCAGAGCCUUCAGUAUGGUUAAUCAACAGUUAUCUUGAUAUUGGAUUAGAUAACUUUCAGCUUGGGGUUGUGUUCUUGAUAGGGAACUGCAUAUGCAUGGCUGCUUAUCUAGCCCUUCAGGCACCAUUAUUGAAAAAGUAUCCAUCAAAUCUAUCUGUCACAGCAUAUUCAUUCGCCUUUGGAGUUGCACUGUUGGUGAUUGCUUCAUUUUUCAUGGUUAACGAGUCAACUGACUGGAUUUUGACACAAUCAGAGAUACUGGCUGUUGCAUAUGCUGGAACUAUUGCAUCUGCUCUUAACUACGGAAUCAUUUCAUGGAGCACUAAGAUCUUGGGGCCAGCUUUGGUUUCCCUUUACAAUCCUCUUCAACCUGCAUUUUCUGCCUUCCUUUCACAAAUUUUCCUUGGCACUCCAAUUUACCUGGGAAGCAUCCUAGGGGGAUCUUUCAUCAUUGCUGGUCUAUAUUUAGUUACUUGGGCAUCUUAUAGAGAAAGACAAGAAACUUAUGGAGUUACUCCUAAUGGCUCUUGGAUCUCUGAACCACUUCUUCAUGAAAAAAGUGAAUACCAGAAUGAUCACACUCAGGGUCCUCCAGCGUAAACAUCAAAGCCAAGCUCAUCAGAUUCGUUAUUCAAUAGCAAUGCGUUUUGAAAAGUUUUCUCAUGAUUCUUGAAUUUGUUUUUGAAAUCUGUUUAAAUGGUAUGCUUGUAUUUUAUAUUAUAAAUGUAAAAUGUUGUUUGAGGACAAACUGGGAAUGUGAAGUGUAUUAUGAUAUUUACAAUUUUGAUAUCCUGUUCAAUUUAACUGUCAACAAUUCUGAGAUAACUCUUCAUUGCAGUGUAAAAGUAAUUGAAUGUUUUGUUCUGUUUCA